AUGGAGCAGAUGAUCUUUUUAUUUACAAUUUCGCUGGGGUUUUGUUUAUUUGCUGGAAUUCAGAGGUGUUCAAGCUCCACAGUGUCAUACUGCUAUUUUGGCAACAUAGAAAACCAGAAUUUCUUUUUGAAUGAGUCGUGUGCGACGGGAGAGAAACAUUUAAGCAGUGUACAGUCUUCCCGUUCCGAGGUGCCGCAGAAUGUGAGUCAUGUGACCAGCGUAUCCAGGGCAACGCACUGCAUCAUCUUCAAAUACUUUGUGAAGAAAGACUUGAAGGCCCCGAACAGUGUGAUGACGAUUGACACGAGUGUGUUCGCUAAUUUCUCCUGUGAUUAUCAAGGGCUGUGUAGAGGAAGAGGAACCGAACGCUUAAACAAUAUAACCUAUAAUGGUUUCAGAGGAGAUGUUUUUUGCUGUAAUACAGAUAACUGUAACACUCGACACAGUUCCAUACAAGAUCUGCCCCCGUACCAGCAGCUGUGUUACACUGGAUCAAACAUAUCUACAGUUCCUACAGGAUCACUGUCAUAUUGCAAGCGCCCUGAUUCCAUGUGUGCUCGGUCGUCAGUGGUAACUAAAGAUGGAAAACAUGUGUCUUCCUAUUUCUGUGACUCUGUGUAUUGCAAAGAAAACAACAUGACGGACUCGUGGAAUCAAACGUGUAAAAUGGUUACCGUUGGGAACAGAACAAUGUCUUUGUGUUGCUGUUGGACGAACAAGUGUUUGAAGCCACCGUGGCCGAUGCGUGACCCGGGGAAGGGCGAGACAAUGCCCAGCACGAGUUCUGUGAAUCCCGGAGAGAACUGGGUCGUCACCGGAAUCAUCAUCGGGUUAUCCGUACUGAUUGGCGUUGGUAUCGGCGUUUUACUCACCAUCACCGUCUACCGCAAGAGGAAGACCUCCGAACAGCCGGCUAUGACUUACCAUCGAAUAGCGGCUGAUGAUCCUGUUCAUGGAGAAAAUGUGCACAUGAUUGUAUAGCUUGCGUUCUUAUUUAGUGUAAAUACCUCACCCAUUUUAACCAUAUCUUACCAUUUCCCAUUUUCAACCAUGUCUCUUACCACUCCACAUUUUCCACCAUGUCUCUUACCAUUCCCCAUUUUCAACCAUGUCUCUUACCAUUCCCCAUUUUCAACCAUGUCUCUUACCACUCCACAUUUUCAACCAUGUCUCUUACCACUUUACAUUUUCAAUCAUGUCUCUUGAUACAACUUCACAUUUUCAACCAUGUCUCUUACCACCACAGUCACCACUCACCAGCUUGUCAUCUAUACUCAUCCAUACACACCCACUCAACUGCUGAAUGUCUUUACUAAUGUAGUCACAUCUUCCCACUACCUGCAUUAUAUUUAUAUACGUGUUAAUCGAAUGCCCCAUCGUUUUAAGUUGUGUUACAUGACUGGCCCGUCUAAAGUAUCUCUGUACUUUGCAUUCCCAGUCUGCAGCUCGUCGCGGUAAGACAUGUUUGUGCACACUGCACGUGCUUUCGCGGCUUGACUUGGGGAUCCUUCACUUUUGUUGUUUUUGUCAACAAAGUGAAGUUUUCUAUUGGGAUGUAUGUGGCCAUUGGAACUGAUUGAACGCUGGAAUGCUUCUCGUUUCGACAAUCUGCACCACCAGGUUGGAUUCUUUUUUA